AUGCAGCACAGCUCCUUUGAAGUUUCUAUCGACCCGUCCCGAACGGACUCAUUUGUCUUGGUGUCAAAUGAAUUCAUCCGUGGAAAUCUACUACCCUACUAUGGAAGGAAUAUACCCUUCGUGGUACCCUUGAGGAUUUCGGACGGUCAUAAGAACACGUACGUCGGUUGCUUGGCGCACCGGCCGCACAACUUUGCUGCGUUUAAAUUAAUCAUAUCCGUCACCAUGGCGACGAGCCUGGGAGUUACUAAUGGCGCAAUAGUGCAGUGCACAGCGGUGUUCAAAUUCGCAAAGGCAGCCACGGUCCUUGUGCGCCCAUCCUCCGUGGAUGAAAGUGAGGUGGUUGAACAGAAUGCACUUCGCAUUGAGGCACAAUUAUUGCGGCAGGUCCAAGUGGUGUUCCCCGCAAUGACGCUCGAUGUCGCGGUGUUUGAUGGUGUUAAUGCGAAAAUGGUGGUCGAGCGUAUUGAGGACCGUGAAGGUCACGAAGUCACAUCUGGAUGUGCCGUAAUGGCCGAAGGCACGGAAUUUGUUGUUGCCACUCGAACGCGUCACGUCGAACAGAGCGGUGCUCCGACGUGGUCGGUACUGCGGUGCCUUACCUGGAGGAAGGAAAAGGGAUUUAACAACGAGGCGACGGCCGGAGACGCAAAUGUAGAGGCGGUGUCGCUUUAUAUGAAUCCUUCAACGGCGGCGCGCCACCACUGGAGUGAAGGUCUUGUGAUGGGUUUUUGGGACCUGGCGAAGGCUUCACAACUUCUCGAAUCGAAGGAAGUCACAUCCUCCUUCCUUCGAUCCAACGCACUGAAGGCCCCCAUCCGGUUGGUAGAGGGAAUGGAAGAUGGUGUGUGCACCUCUCCAGCUUUCAUUCAGGCAUCCAAUAUAGUCGUUUUUCCAACACUUGAUGAGAACAUACCCACGGCAACAGAUAGGGACUGCCCCUCCGCCAGUACAUCUCCCUUCAGCAACCAGAUACCUUACGAAAGUGUGGUAGAGGUGCACGGGACAGCUCCUCAAGAGCUUCGAGAGCACUUGGUAUGUUGGUUCGAGGAAAUUAAGAAACUCGGGCCUCACCACAGCAAAUAUGGAAGCAAUGGUAAUGUUUUACUUUGUGGUGGAAGUGGAACCGGUAAGACGGCUAUCGUCGGCGCUGUGCUCAAUGAACUUCACGGUGUCCACAUCAACGUGGUUCAGUGCAAAGCCGAGAAGCUGUUGGCAUCCCUCCAACGAGCCCUGGUUGAGUGUGUGAUGUGCGCCCCGGCCGUUCUAGUCUUGGAUAACUUUGACGCUGUUGCGCCCGCGCAAAAGGAAGAAUCGGUGUUGAGUGUCACCGGCGCAACAAAAGCCAUUUUGGAAGGAACCCUGCGCUGCUUUACUGAAGCACUUUCACUAUGUGGCGCCGCGUCCGUUCUCGUUGUUGCCACCUGUGCCAACCGACAAUGUGUUAACGAGGGUCUGCGCUCCGCCUACUGUUUUACCAAAGUGAUCAAAGUGGAGGCGCUGGAUCGCAAGACAAGAGUAGCAUUGCUGAAGCAAUUGUUCCCCAAGGAGUCAGCAGAAGCUCUCGAGGAAGUUGGAGACCUCAUGGGCAAUUACACGCCGUUUGAUAUGAGGAAGGUGUCGCAGCCAAUAAAGAGUUCGUUGGAUGGGGGGAGGGUGCCAUUUCGUGAGGCCGCGCGAGGGGCCAUAGCCGCCUUCACACCCUUGUCUCACACGGGAAUAACAUUUCUCAAAAGUGAAAAGGCAUCUUUGCAAUCUGUUGGUGGCCUCGCUGAGGCGCGAAAAGUUUUGUAUGACACACUGGUGCUGCCAAUGAAACACCCAGAACUCUUCGCACGGUUGCCACUGAAGACACGUAGCGGCGUACUUCUCUAUGGUGCCUCGGGGUGCGGGAAAACGUUUGUUGUGGAGGCCAUUGUGAAUUCCGAAAACUUGAACUGCAUCGUGGUUAACGGCCCUGAGGUUUUUGGCAAAUACAUUGGCCAGAGUGAGCAGAAGAUCCGUGACGUUUUUGAGCGCGCGCAAGCUGCUGCGCCAUGCGUUGUUUUCUUCGACGAGUUCGACUCUGUCGCCCCACAGCGGGGGGUGGACAACUCCGGUGUAACAGACAGAGUGGUUAACCAACUUCUGUGUUACCUGGAUGGCGUGGAAAGCAGAAAAGAUGUCUACGUUGUAGCUGCCUCUAGCCGUCCUGACCUCAUCGAUGCGGCGCUUCUGCGGCCUGGACGGUUAGACAAGGCUGUUCACUGUCCCAUUCCAUCGUUGGAGGACCGGGUUAACAUCUUGACAAUUUGCUUUGAGCAACUUCAGGCGGAGUUAACGCUACCGGAAAUUAAAGAAAUUGCCGAACAGACAAUCAAUUGGACGCCGGCAGACCUGAACGGAUUAGCGUCAUCAGCGAGUAUGGUGGUAAAUAGGCGCAUUAUCGAGAAACUUUCCAAGCGUUGUGAGGAGCGUGAAGUGGAACAUAAUUUUGCCGUGCUUAACGUGGGAAAAGGAACGACACGGGAGAAAAUAGAAGAUAUCUUGAGGCCAUCUGCAGCUGCCGCGGCGAGAGAAGAGGCCUUGAACGUGGCCAACCGCAUCACCAUAAAAGAUGUGCGGCAAGCAAUGGGUAUGACAAAACCCUCCCUAACCAAGGAACACAUUUGGGAACAGGAAAGAAUUCACCGCCUCUUCAGUAAGCAGGAAAAGAGCAGUACGAGGGAAGUCGGAAGGAAAUUGACCCAACGGUGA